GGCACAGUCCUGAAGGUUCCCGACAGAAUUGCAAUGCCGUACCGCUUGAGGGUGACGCAGGGGGAGGUGAGGCAGGAGCUGGCUAAGAUGGGUUACAAAGGGCUCUCAGAUGAUACUGUAGCAGCCAUGCACAAAGAUCUGCUCAAGAUGAUCAAGAGUGACCUUCGCAAGAUGAAGUAUGAGAGACAGGAUGCAGAGCACACGGACAUCAGUGACUUUCAUCCUCCUGUCACAACCAAGCAACACACACACCACAAGCCCCCAGAGAGAAGCCUCCAGCUCUCUGCCCCCACGCCAAAGAAGACACACGCCAAAGAUAGAUUUUAUAGCUCCUUGAGUGCUUCCUAUACUUCAAAAGACAAAGAUGAAAGCACAGGGGAGAGUGGCUAUUCUGAUGUUGAGAGCACUAUCACAUCAGGCUUGUCAGAGGUGGGGAGUUUCUCUGCUACUGCUGAAGUUCCUCAGAAGCAGACUAGUACUAAAGUCAAGCCAAGGAGACCCAAAGAAGCAGCCACUAAAGACCCAAUGGAAAACAGUAAAGGACCAGUUUCGGGAACCUAUGUGCAGACCAGUGCUCCGGGUAAAAGGACAGCAGGAAAAACCAAAGUGAAGCAAGUGGGAAAGAAAGAUCUACCCCAGUAUCCUUCAAAGCCAGACCCAGUCAGACUAUACCACUACUACAAGGCACACUGGGACCAGUACAAGGUGCCUGGAGAAGACCCUCGCCUCAAGCUACGCUGGGCUGUCAGAAGUAAAUUGUUUUUUGCAGAGUAAACAAAUGUACAAAUCGUCUUUAGUCAGUAUACUUCACUAAAAAUAUAUUUGUAUAAAUGGAUUUUAUAGGAAAUUUGUCUUUCAUAGCACACAGCAGCAACGUGCCAGCUGCAGUGUGCCCUGGGUUUUAGGACUAUAAAGAUAUUAAAUCCUGUUAUAUGACAAAUAUACAUCUUGCCAUGAGUUCCUAAACUUUGUCAGUUUAAUAUAUACCAGGUGCCUUAACAUGUGCCUUGCUGUCAGUGUGAGGGAAUAAUAUUGUGUGGGUAGGAAUGUUAGAACAUUUGAGAACAUGAUGUAGGAGUUUUUGCAGGGUUUUAUCACCUCCAUACAUGUGUGUUAUAUAUAUUAUCCUGGCUACUUGACAUUAAUGUGAAUGUUUGCCUGGCAUAUAAUUAUAUUUAUUAUGAAGUAUGAAUGAUGUGCAUAUGAUUGUGUAGGCCACCCAUGUGGGACUGCUGGCCUGGUAUGUAGAUAGACUUUUCUGUGUGAUUGACAAUGCACUUGGUGAUGAAUUGUGCAUCUUUGUUGCAAGUGACAUCAUACAUGUAUGUAUUGUGUAGCUCAUACUGAAUGCUGUUUGUUCCUCAUAGUGAGCUGUUUAUUGUGGAGAUGCUUUUUAUAACAAUAAAAUGAAGCAUUGCA